GACGUCAGCACGUUGCAUGCUCUGCGCAGAGUUUGCGCUUCCUCUGUGAAACCGCCAGGCAGAUCAGGCGUCUGCUGUAAUCGCUGUUGUCCGGGUGAAGAUGGCCGCAGGUCCCCUCUCUGUAUCGUCCAACGCAUCAACAAACAAUGAUGGUAUUCUCAUCGGCGAUAAAAUGUACUCGGAGGUGUACCUCACCAUCGACAACUCUCUCAUACCCGAGGAAAGGCUCUCCCCGACGCCAUCUAUGCUCGAUGGCCUCGACCUGAGCACGGAGACCGACCUUCGAAUAUUAGGAUGUGAGCUCAUCCAGUCUGCAGGGAUUCUGCUCAGGUUACCACAGGUCGCCAUGGCAACUGGCCAAGUUCUCUUCCAUCGGUUCUUCUACUCCAAAUCCUUCGUGAAACACAGUUUCGAGAUUGUGGCAAUGGCUUGUAUUAACCUGGCGUCCAAGAUUGAAGAAGCUCCCCGCCGAAUACGAGAUGUAAUCAACGUGUUUCACCAUUUGAGACAGAUAAGAGCCAAAAAGACUCCCACACCUCUGAUACUUGAUCAGAACUACAUAAAUACCAAAAACCUAGUGAUCAAAGCAGAAAGGCGUGUCCUGAAGGAGCUGGGAUUCUGUGUUCACGUUAAGCAUCCGCACAAGAUUAUCGUCAUGUACAUUCAAGUUCUGGAAUGUGAAAAGAACCAAACGCUGGUGCAGACCGCCUGGAACUACAUGAAUGACAGCCUGAGGACCAAUGUAUUUGUCCGGUUCCAAGCUGAGACCAUUGCUUGUGCCUGUAUAUUCCUCGCAGCCCGUGCUCUGCAGAUUCCACUGCCCUCCAGACCUCACUGGUACCUGUUGUUUGGAGCCACUGAAGAGGAAAUCAAAGAGAUCUGCAUCACCACAUUAAAACUCUAUACCAGGAAAAAGCCCAACCUGGAGCAGCUGGAGAAGGAGGUGGAGAAGAGGAAGGUGUUCUUAGCAGAGGCCAAGCUCAAGGCCAAAGGCCUGAACCCUGAUGGGACCCCUGCCCUGACAUCAGCCGGAGGCUUCUCUCCGGCCUCCAAGCCCUCAUCUCCUAAUGUCACUGUCAAAGUGGACGACAAGUCCCCCAACUCCCAGACCCUUAAAACUCUCAAGAAAGAGCCAGACACUCGGAACCAGGUCUCCAAAAGUCCACACAACGGGCUGAGAAGAGAAGCAAAGAUUGGAAGGAACAGUAGGAGUGGAAGUCGAUCUCGAUCAAGAACGCGAUCCAGGUCGAGAUCCCGGUCUCCACGGCGACAUUACAGACGCAGCCGCUCAGGGACCUACAGUUCUCGGUCUCGCUCCCGUUCUCACAGCCGAAGUCCUUCACCACGACGACACCCCCCUUCCCCUCUACUGCCCCACCUUAAGUCCAAGUCCGCUCAUCACAAUAGUGACUCAAAAAGCAGUGGGCGACACAGCAACAGUGGCUCCGGUCACAAGAGGAAGCGGUCGCGCUCCCGCACUCCCAUCAAAAUGGAGCGGGACAGAGAGCGGGACAGGGACAGAGACCGAGAGCGCUUUGACCUCUCCAAGAAACACAAGCACGAGCGCAGUAGCAGUCACAGAGAGCGCAGAGAGAGGGAGAGGUCUCGUUCCUAUGACAGGGAGAGAGAGCGUGGCCACAAGAGUAAACACCACAGCAGCGGUAGCAGCAGCCACUCAGGGCACGGUCGCCACCGCCGCUGACACAUACACAUGUAUCCACACACAGACAUGAGCUCUGGGGCUGCUGGGGCAUCUCGACUGUCCAACCUUCAAUGCACAUGUACGAGGUCAAGACUCAGUUCUUUAGAAAUGGAAGAGUAAAGUAAAUUUAAAUGGAUGACAUUAAGAUGGUAGAUGCAUGUGCAAUUAAAACCCAGUAUUGCAAUCUAAUCUCGUUUUGCGAAGAACUGAAAAUGGGACUUGUAUGGAAUACAUGAUGGAUAUUGGAGUUAUGGCUUAAUCAGACAUCACAUCAGUCCCAGAGAUAUAAACUUUUUUCCUACAUUUUCUCAUCGAUUUUCCCACCCUUGUAUUUCUGGUUUAACAUGUAAAGUUACACUGUAAAUAUGUUUCUUUAGCCCCUCAGGAUCUGUAAAGAUAUAAGAGGUGAUGGCUACUGGCACAAUGUGAAUGCUUUAAUUUUUAAAAGCAAAUGGUUUGUGUCGAGUUAAAUUAAAAAUGUAAAAUAAAGAUUGUCUUUAAGGAAUGAUCAAUGUUUGCACAUGGAGUGACUGCAGAGGGGCGGUAAUCAUAUUUGUGUUAGGACUCUGUACAGCAGUUUUCAAAGGCAAACUUCCAUUUUUUUACAAUGGGGGAAGCAGACUAAAAUAUUUUAGAGCAGAUGUCAGUUUGUAACACUGGUUUUAGUCUGCAUGUGUUUAUGUCGCAUUUUUAUUGAGUAAUAAAAAAGUUAUGUAAUUGGAAAA